AUGAGCGGCGACAAGAUGGAGGUCGAGCUGGCCGAGCAGAAGAUGAACUCGAUGGAGCACAGCGAGCAGCAUUACUUUAAGAGCUACGACCACCAUGGCAUCCACGAGGAGAUGUUGAAAGACGAAGUGCGCACACGAUCGUACAUGAACGCCAUUAUCCAGAACAAGCACAUCUUUAAGGACAAGGUUGUUCUCGAUGUUGGCUGCGGUACCGCUAUUCUCUCCAUGUUUGCCGCUAAGGCCGGUGCCAAGCAUGUUAUCGGUGUUGACAUGUCCACCAUCAUCUUCAAGGCCCGCGAGAUCGUCCAGGCCAACGGUCUCUCCGAUAAGAUCACCCUCCUCCAGGGCAAGAUGGAAGAGGUUCAGCUGCCCUUCCCCAAGGUCGACAUCAUCAUCUCGGAGUGGAUGGGCUACUUCCUUCUCUACGAGUCCAUGCUGGACACUGUCCUCUACGCCCGAGACACCUACCUUGAGAAGGAUGGUCUUAUCUUCCCUGACAAGGCCACUAUCUUCUUUGCUGGUAUUGAGGAUGGUGACUACAAGGACGAGAAGAUUGAGUUCUGGAACGAUGUCUAUGGCUUCGACUACACCCCCCUGAAGGCCACUGCUCUGUCUGAGCCCCUUGUCGACACAGUGGAGGUCAAGGCUGUCGUGACCGACCCCGCCCCCGUGCUCACUUUGGACCUCUACACCUGCACCACUGCCGACCUGGCCUUCCAGAUCCCCUUUAAGCUUAAGGCUAACCGUGACGACUUCAUCCAUGCCCUCGUCUCAUGGUUCGACAUCGACUUCACUGCUUGCCACAAGCCCAUCCGCUUCUCCACUGGCCCCCAUACCAAGUACACCCACUGGAAGCAGACCGUCUUCUAUUUUGAGGACGUCCUCACCGUUCAGGAGGGCGAGGAGGUGACAUGCAACCUUGAUGUCAGGCCCAACGACAAGAACAGGCGUGACCUUGACAUUCAGAUUGCCUACGACUUUGUGCCCGAGGACGGCAACCGUUCUUCCAAGGGUCACAUGGUGUACCGCAUGUGCUAAAGUGCUUUUUUUUUAGCCAAAAUAUUUUUCGCUGACGAUGACACGAAACACGGGGAACUGAGCGGUAAGGAAAAUGACGGGAAGGGGUAGAUACAUUUGCAAUCUCGGGAGCUGUGUACAAGGCGGCUGGCAUCUUACUUGCAUCUUGGACGGGGAGGGGAUAAAAACACGUUUUCUUAAUACCUAGAUUAAGAGAAAACCAUCACUACGAGGGAAUGGCGUGGCUGGUUGAACGACCCCGUCAUGAGUGAUACCACAAUUUUCAGCACUCCGGAGCUACCUAGUCUAUAGAUCGAUUGCUUCAACAUGAUGGAUUACAUGCA